AUGAUGGUGGUGCCGGGAGGCGCCCCGGUCAUACAGCAGGAUCAUGCUCUGGAGCCGGACUUAGGACGAGACUCAACGGAGAACUCUGCCAUGGGCCCUGACAUGGAGCCAGCGUCCGAGGAGGUUGGCCCAGAGCUGGAGGAGUUGCGAAAGCUGCCGGAGCUGGUGAGGAGACUGGAGAUCGAGAAUCAGCACCUGAGAAUGAAGAGUAGCAGGAGCAUGCUUGGGACAAACACGCAGAGCGAGAUCCGUCCUGGCGUGGAUAAUCACGACUCUGGCCUUAACGGGAUGGAAAUUCGUAACAGCAUCAAUGCGAUAACAGAGAAGCAAGAAUUGCAAAUAAUGGCAGAUCUGCACACCCAGUUAAGCAAAAUGAGAAAAGAGGAAGGAGAGAACAACUGCUUAAAAAAAGACAUAGGUGCCCCAAUGCAAUAUAGUUGUAACAGUGCCACUGAGGAAUUGUCUUCCAGCACGGGUAAGGCGGAAAUGAAGACCGAUGAGAACAUCAGAUGUUCUUCACAUAUGGAUACACGUCAUAGCACGGAGCUUAUGGGGAACUUGGUCGUGGCAGGUAUUGAUUCCUCAGUUAAAAUAAAUGAACAAAAUCCCAGUGAAAAAUGUGGAGAUCUAGGAAAUCUUUCCAAUAACACGGAUCUGGAUGAAGUGAAAGUGUUAGAACUUGAAAGUUGCAAUGAAGAAGAAGAUAGCUGGCUCUAUGUGUCCCCGAGAAAAUGUACUACAGAUCAGAAAACGAACUCGCCUUUAAAAUGGUGCCGGCAGGUGUUGGAUAAUCCCAGUCCUGAGACAGAAGCAGCCUGCCGAACUCUUCUAAACAGACUCGAUCAAGCCAGUAGAUGGAAAAACCUGUAUUGCAGUCCGCUGGCAUCACCAAGCAUGCAUAAUCUGAAUACAGAGACAGGCUGCUGUAGCAAUGCUCUAAACUCUCCCGGGCAUCUCAAAUCGACUAACAAAGCACUACUAACCUGUGGCAGCUCAGGUUAUUUGAGCAUGCAUUCUGCGCUGAGCUCUCAGUCGUCUGUGGACAGCGAGCUGAGCACAUCUGACGACUCCAUCUCUAUGGGCUACAAACUGCAGGACUUGACUGAUGUCCAGGUUAUGGCACGCCUUCAGGAAGAAAGCCUCCGGCAGGACUGUGCCUCCAGCUCUGCUUCUGUAUCACGCCGCAGUUCCAGCGCCUCCCUUCACUCUCUGCGCAGGGGUACCUACAGCGACCAGGAGUUCGACACGUACAGCCUGGAGGAUGAGGAUGAUUAUGACUGUUCUCUGUCAUACCGUAGCGCUCACAGAUACUCACCCUCUCCGCUCAGUUCACCCCGCUGCCAGUCUCCUUCCAGCGCAGAUUACGGCAGGUCCUCCACUUCCCGUAUCCGUCCCCCAAGGAGAUCUGUGCAAAGUCCGAUGCAAGACCGUCUGAAAUACGCCAACAGUGAAGAGGAGAUGCGCCACAGCAUGCCCAACCUGGCCAGGACAAGCCUUCGAGCUUUGGAUUCUGUAAGGAGCAGUCGGAGUUUGGAGUCAGAUCUGCAGGUGCCAAGCAGUCGGAUCCCGAGAACGCAGCAGCGGUCAGCAGGUCUGGCUCCCAGCAAGCUCAGGUAUUCCUCCGGUGCUGGGCAGUCUCCCCUAACAGUGCGACAGCCGCUGAAGGCAGGGUCAUGCACAAACUCUCUGUUAACGCCCAGGCAGCCGGUAAAAGCCUGCAGUUACACCAGUCCUGUUAGCACCGUUCGAAAACCACAGGCAUCUUCGCUUAGCACAGCCUCUUCCAGUAGCAGCUGCGGUACCAGGAGCAGUAACAUGGUCACCGUGGCAAGAAACUCGCCCGUUAAAGCACGCACGUCUGGUGGCGGCAUCUCGGUGCCCAAGAGCAAGCCGGCUCCACCCUCCAGGAGAUUUCUUCAGUCAGCACAGACCACUCAGGCCCCCGAGGAUGAUUCCUGGAAGGAUGGGUGUUACUGA